GUCAAUCUAGGUGCUAGGAACCAUAUAAACAACAAUGCAGUGUUCACGUGGAAAAAAUGUUUUUUCCACAAUUUCAGUGGUUUGUCUUGUAUUCCUGACAAUACUCAGAUGUGACGCUCUAAGAGAAUACACCAAGGAGGAUAUACGGAAACUUAGAGAGGAAGUCCGGGAGAUGUUCCAACAUGCCUACGAAGGCUACCUCAAACAUGCCAGUGAUUUUGAUGAGCUCAGGCCACUUUCAUGCGACGGAGUUGAUACUUGGGGAAGCUAUUCUCUGACUCUGAUCGAUGCACUUGACACGUUGGCUGUGAUGGGGAACAAUACAGAAUUCCAGAGAGUUGUCGACAUCCUCGUGAACAAUUCCAAUUUUGAAUCUGACAUCAAUGUGAGCGUGUUCGAGACGAAUAUUCGGAUUGUUGGGGGUCUCCUGAGUGCUCAUUUGCUGUCGAGAAGAGCCGGGGUUAAGCUAGAACCUGGCUGGCCAUGCAAUGGCCCACUAUUGAGAAUGGCCGAGGACGUGGCUAGACGUCUACUUCCAGCUUUUGAUACAAAGACUGGAAUGCCCUAUGGAACAGUCAAUCUCAAACAUGGAAUCCCUCCUGGAGAGACUAGUGUCACAUGUACAGCAGGAGUUGGGACUUUUAUAGUGGAAUUUGGGGCUUUGAGUCGUCUCACGGGAGAUCCAAUUUAUGAGGAAGUUGCCCUGAAUGCCCUUUAUGCUCUGCAAACCUUCAAAUCUCCAAUUGGCCUAUUUGGAAAUCACAUUGACGUCCAGACGGGACGAUGGACAGCUCAGGAUGCAGGAAUUGGAGCAGGAGUAGACUCAUACUACGAGUACCUCGUUAAAGGAGCUCUCAUGCUCAAUCGUCCGGAAUUGAUGAAAAUGUUCAAUGCUGGACGGCAAUCUGUGGAGAAAUUCCUAAAACGGGAUGAUUGGUACAUUUGGGUGAGCAUGAACAAGGGGCAGGUCACACUUCCAGUUUUCCAGUCACUCGAAGCCUACUGGCCAGGUGUUUUGAGUCUCAUUGGAGACAUUAGUGCUGCUAUGAAGACCCUUCACAACUACGUUGGAGUUUGGAAGCAAUAUGGCUUUCUUCCAGAAUUCUACAAUAUCCCCAAUGCCGAAGCAGGAGCCAAUCGGGAAAAUUAUCCACUUCGACCCGAACUCAUAGAAUCCGUAAUGUAUCUUUAUCGAGCAACUGGUGAUCCGUUCCUACUUCAGGUUGGAGAAGACAUGCUGAGGAGUAUCCAACACAGUGCGAGAACCUCUUGUGGAUACGCAACGAUAAAGAACGUGAGAGAUCACAGGAAAGAGGAUCGAAUGGAAUCCUUUUUCCUGGCAGAAACUACAAAAUACCUCUAUUUACUCUUUGAUCCUGACAAUUUUCUAAAUAACGAUGGCCGUUCGGGAACUGUGAUUAAUACACCAAAUGGGGAAUGCGUAAUUGAAGCUGGUGGAUAUAUUUUCAAUACUGAAGCCCAUCCCAUAGAUCCAGCAGCAUUGAGAUGCUGCUAUGAUGUUCCAAGACAGGAUCUUCUGGCUGGAUACAAAACUAUUGAUUUCCGAGGGGAUAUUUUUAAGUUUAGCAUUGAAAAUGAGACAGUUCCGGAGGAGAAACCCAUGGAGAAUUUUACAAUUGAGGUGGAAACACCUAAAACUGAUCCCGAGGAGACGAGGAAGAAUAUUGUUUUUGAGAUUUUGAGUAUUCUGAAGGAGAGUAAGCGUCAAGAGGAGGAAAAAGCUGAAUCUAGCAAUACAACAGUUGAUGAUAGUAUUAUUCUUCCAACGGAUGAGAAACCUGAGGAGACCACAGAAAAUCCCGUGGAGACAGCUAAAGUGCCACCAACGAGAGAUGAGGAAGAGAAUACGGGAGAGGCUUCGGGAUCAUUUGUUUCCUUUGAAGAUGACAAUAGUUCCAGUGUCAGUCAAAAUUCCACGGAAGUAUCUACAGAUCCUGCAGAUCUGAGAUCUUUUGUCGAGAAUCAGACAGAAAAUAAUUCUCUCCUGACGGAAUUUGUCCAGUCAAUUUUGAAGUCAACACAGCCAGCAAGGCCAAAAUUUGACGCUCAGAAUUUAUUGGAAAAAAUCCGCAGAGGUCCAUACUACCAGGCAGCUGGUAAUUUCAGUCUUCAGAGUGACAACUACAGACUACUGACCUGCCGUGCUCAGAGCUACCUUCAGCGUCUCAGCAUCCAUGGAGAAUUUUUCUAGUUUUUUGAACUUUGUGAUAUCAAUAAAAGACUCAUUUCAAUAUUAAAA